AUGAACAAAAUGUUUGCUCACCAGAUUGGGAGAAACAUGGAAGUCUACGUCGACGAUAUGAUUAUGAAAAGUCGCACGACUACGACUCACUUGUCUGACUUAGCUGAGACCUUCGACACACUAAGAAGAUUCCUCGGGUUUAUCAUAAAUGAAAGGGGAAUCGAUGUGAACCCCAAAAAGGCACUGGCAAUCAUCGACAUGCAGGCCCCUCGGACAAUUAAGGAGUUGCAGCGUCUGAACGGAAGGCUCGUCGCCAUGUCAAGGUUCAUGUCCCGAUCGGGCGACCGGUGCUUCCCCUUCUUUCGGGCUCUGAAGGACCCCAAGGACUUUGCGUGGAUAGCAGAAUGCGAGGAGGCUUUCGCCCACGUGAAGGAGCAUCUGGCGUCACUCCCUCACCUCACCUCGGUGUCCCCUCGGGAAAAGCUGGUUGUCUACCUGGUCGCCUCUCGGCAUGCAACCCGAGGAGCGAUACCCUCCGCUCGGAAGCUACACCCCUACUUCCAGGCUCAUCUGAUCGAGGUAAUCACCGACCAACCACUCCGGCAGGUUUUGUCUAAAUUUGACCUUGCAGGUCGCCUCCUUAAGUGGUCAGUAGAGCUCGGUGAGUUCGAUAUUUGGUGCGUCCCGAGGAUCGCCAUCAAAUCACAGGCGGUGGCUGACUUCAUCUUCGAACUGACUCAGCCCGAGGCCGAGGAGCCAGAAAGCUUGAAGACGGGGUGGCUCCUCCGCAUGGAUGGAUCAUCCGGCCGAAAAGGCGCGGGGGCCGGGCUGGUGCUAGAAGCCCCCGACGGGCGCUCGUUCGAGCGCUCCCUUCGCUUCAGAUUCAAGGCCACCAAUAACGAGGCAGAGUAUGAAGCGCUGCUAGCGGGGCUCAGGCUAGCCGUCGAAAUGCAAGUGGGCGACAUACACGUCCUCACCGACUCGCAACUGGUAGCCGAACAGCUCACCGGCGGGUAUGAGGCCCGGGACCCAACCAUGUCAAAGUAUUUGGCGGAGGUAAGAGCUCUCGCCGCCCGCUUUUCUCGCUUCACAUUAUCUAGGGUGCCGAGACGCCAGAACGAUCGGGUGGACACAUUGGCAAAACUGGCCUCUCGAUCGGGUCCCGAGGGCGAGCCCGACGUGGAGGAACUCCCCACCCGAUCCAUCACGGUCGUAGCGGUGGCCACCACUGGCCCAUCAAUAACAUGGGUGCAGGAGAUGUUACAAUUCAAAUUUCACGGGAUGCUUCCUGAGGACGAAGCCGCGGCUCGGUGCUUGCGCCGAACCCAAGCCUGGUACUGUGAAAUUGGCGGACGGUUAUACAGGAGGUCGUAUUCACGCCCCCUCAUGCACUGCCUGGAGCCCGAAGAGGCUCAGUCGGUUCUCGCUGAAGUCCACGACGAUAUUUGCGGUGAGCACAAAGGUGGGCGCACCCUGGCGUUCAAGGUGCUUCGCCAAGGGUACUACUGGCCCACUAUGUGCCGAGACGCGAGAUCGUAUGUGCAAAAGUGUGAUGCAUGCCAGAAGCACACACCAAUGCCCCGGUAG